AUGCCAGGGGAAGGUGCAGAUCGAGUAGCCUUUCUAAAGCUGAAAACAAAGGCCAUAUUCAGCAGACUGGAGAGCUUGAUUAACGAGUUGGACGCAGACAAGCUACACAGUAUGGAUGAGUACAGUCUUUCAGCAAUGCUAGAAUCCUUAGGCGAAUUGAAAUCCAGUUUUUCUGCCGCACACACAAGCCUAGAGGAAUUGGACUUCGACUCCAUUGCCAGCGACCUGCCAAGUAACUUCGAUGCUGCUCUAAUCAACCUUAGAGCUACACUGCAACGCGAGAUUGGUAAACGUAGUGCCUCGCAACAUUGCUCCACGCUCAGAAUGAACUCCAGUGAGACCCAAUCAAUCAUUGUGAACGCUAAUAGCUCGCGCUUGCCAUUGCUGACACUGCCUAAAUUCAGUGGCGCCUACACCGAGUGGACAAAUUUCUAUUCAAUGUUCACGUCAAUAAUCGACAAGGACAGCGACCUCACCAACAUCGACAAAUUGCAGCAUCUUCGUUCCUGUCUGAGCGGCGCUGCCCUUGACACCGUGCGCUCGCUGGAAAUAAACGACGCUAAUUAUAACACUGCAUUAGAUCUUUUACAAAAGCGCUUCGAUAACAAACGUCUUAUAUUUCAGGCACACGUCAGGGAGAUAUUUGGGCUAGAGAGGGCAGAUUCAAACGUAACCAAGCUACGAGAGCUGACAGAUAAGGUCACAGCACACAUACGCGCAUUGCAGUCGCUCGCAUCCAAUGGGAAGAUCGCAGAUGGCAUCAUCGUACAAUUGGUGAUCCAGAAACUCGACAAAAAGACGCAAGCUAAAUGGGAGGAGAGUUCAUCGAUCAGCGAACUGCCAUCCUGGGAUCAAUUAGCUAUGUUCUUGGAGAAGCGCUGCAGAACACUCGAGAACGUUGAGCAUUCUAUGCAGACACCGACUGGUCAGGCGGUAAAAGCUAACAAGAACGUGAGUACUGGUCAGAGGAAAUCCUUUGUUGCUUCCAACGGCUCAAAAGGUGUUUGUGUGUUUUGUGGAUCUGCCGAGCAUGCAAUUUAUAGCUGUCAACGCUUCGCAAAUUUGUCUCCGAAUUUACGCCUGAGGGAAGUUAAGAAGCUUUCCCUUUGUCUUAACUGCCUAAAGACUGGGCAUCAAAUUCGUGACUGCAAAUCCGGAUCGUGCCGCGCCUGUCAGUCGAAACACCACACGCUCUUGCAUUUCGAACGCUCAACUGCAUCGUUAAUCAAUAGUCAAGCCGAAGCUUCGUCGGCAGCUACAGUUCAAUCCAACGCUAUGACUGCAUCGUUAUCUGUGUCGCCUAGUGCCCCAGUAUCUCCUUCUGAUGCUGUGUUCCUAGCUACUGCCGUCGUUCUGCUUGUAAAAGCAAAAUCUUCUGCUACAGUAUCUGGCAUUGGAGAUGCCAAUUUCUCAACGGAGGGUUACUCAGUCGACCUCGUACUGAAGUCGCGGACUUCAGAUUUCUCAACAAACAUAACAGCUGUUGUUGUACAAACCAUAACCGACAACCAGCCUGGCUGCUCCGUGAGCACCAACGAGUGGAAUGUUCCGUCGAAUAUACAACUAGCUGAUCCUGGGUUCAACUUACCGCAGCGAAUUGAUCUGCUCAUUGGAGCAGCAUUGUUCUUCGAUCUGCUAUGUGUGGGGCAGAUACGCUUGGCAUACGGUUUACCACUCCUUCAGAAAACACGCCUCGGUUGGGUGCUAUCUGGAGGGGGGCAACAAGCUCCAAAACUAUCAUCUUUUGUGGUGCGACGGAAGUCCUCCAGUGAUAUUAUUUCCACUCGGUUGGAAGAUUUAGUGCGUCAGUUCUGGGAAAUAGAGCACAACUUCGAGCCGAUCUCUAAGGCCUCCCAAGAAGAUAUCGACUGCGAAGCCCACUUCCGGGAAAAUUAUUUGCGAUUGUCAUCAGGCGAAUACUCAGUUCGUCUUCCCAUGAAGCGUGGUGUGGAGGCCCUUGGAGACUCCUAUUUGCAAGCUCGUCAACGCUUCGAAAGUCUUGAACGAAAAUUCGCUCGUAACCCUGAGCUUAAAACAGAAUAUAGUAAGUUCAUAAAGGAAUAUCUGGACCUUAAUCACAUGUCGCUAGUUACCAAUGAGGUUUUUCAACAAUGCAAGUAUUUUCUGCCGCAUCAUUGCGUCAUCAAGGAUGACAGUAGCACAACAAAGCUGAGAGUGGUUUUUGAUGGCUCUGCAUCCACUACUUCGGGCUUUUCGCUGAACGACCUACUCAUGGCAGGCCCAACUAUUCAGCCGAAACUUUUUGAUAUCCUUAUUAGAUUUCGUACUUUUCCCAUAGCACUUACUGGGGACAUCUGUAAGAUGUAUAGGUGUGUUCGCGUCACCCCACCAGAUAGCAUGCUCCAAUGCAUAUUGUGGCGUGAAUCUCCUCAGGAAAACUUUGCCAUCUAUAAGUUAGACACGCUGACUUAUGGAACUAAGCCUGCGUCAUUUCUGGCCAUACGUGCCAUGCACCAACUCGCAGCUGACGAAUCCUCGACUUACCCCAUUGGUGCAGAAAUAGUGCGUCGAGACUUCUACGUAGAUGACUUGAUAUCUGGAGGCGAUUCGAUGGAAGAAGUACUGAAUAUCAAGCUACAAACAACUAGCCUCCUUGCUCGAGGAAACUUUAAGUUACGCAAGUGGUGCUCUAAUAGUCCAGAUAUCCUUCGUGAUAUACCUGACGUAGACAAGGAACGUUUCCUUAAGUUUGACGAUGGCAGUGACAUCACCAAAGCUCUGGGACUAGUUUGGGAUCCGGUCAAGGACAAGCUGCUAUUUUCGUUUCUCGCUGUUACGAUCCCCUUGGACUAA